GGGAGAGCCAGCAUGGCGGCGGAGCGCAAGACUAAGUUGUCCAAGAACCUUCUGCGCAUGAAGUUCAUGCAAAGGGGACUGGACUCAGAAACCAAGAAACAACUAGAAGAGGAAGAAAAGAAAAUCAUUAGUGAAGAGCACUGGUACUUGGAUUUGCCAGAGCUUAAAGAGAAAGAGAGUUUCAUAAUAGAAGAGCAGAGUUUCUUGUUAUGUGAAGAUCUUCUCUAUGGAAGAAUGUCAUUCAGAGGAUUUAAUCCUGAGGUUGAGAAAUUAAUGCUUCAGAUGAAUGCUAAGAACAAAGCAGAGGAAGUUGAAGAUGAAACAGUGGAGCUUGACGUGUCAGAUGAAGAAAUGGCUAGAAGAUAUGAGACCUUGGUGGGGACAAUUGGAAAAAAGUUCACCAGAAAAAGAGACCGUGCCAAUUAUGAAGAAGAUGAAAACGGAGACAUAAAACCAGUUACAGCAAAGAUGUUCUUAAAGCCCCAAGAUUAAAAUGGGUGCCUUACAGUGUGGCUCAGGGACUCUUUGUGAGAGUUAGCACAUUUUGAAAUGCCUUCUGAUGCUUUCUCUAUAGUUGCUAAUAUUAUAAUGUUUAUUUGUACAGAAAUGUAUAAUAUUGGAAACAUGCUGUUUUGAAACAGACAUGUAAUGGAUGUUAUACAUCCUUUACUUUAGUAUUCAUCAAGAAUGGGUUUUUAGCCCUGAUCUUCAAAUGCAGAUAGGCACCUGGUUGCUCCCUCAAGAUUUUUUUAUCUCAGAUUUUUUUUUAAUAGAGCUCUGCAGUCACUAACCUUGAAUUGAUGCAUAAAUAUGAAGAGCUAUUAUUUAAGUUGCCCUUAUGUGUAUAGUUUAUUUUUAAUUAUUUAUCAUGUCUAGCCAAUUUACACAUAUGUUUGGGAAUAAAAUGUCACAAGAAUUACAUGUAAAUUCAUCAAGAACAAACAUGCCUGUCCAGCCUGAAGUAUUAGCAUGCUAGCAAGUCAUUGUCCAUUGUGGAAUUAGGGCUUUUUGUUUAAAGACUUUAAUUUUGUUUUAAUUUCCUUAAUAAACAUGUUUUCAUAUACAA